CAAACGUUAUUUACGUCCACAGACAAGUGCUUGAGGUUGAACUAAAACGAUGUUACGAUUAAAAGUCUUUAAAUUUCAAGGAGAGUAAUGGUCAUAGGACUGCUAGUUGAGAACAGAUUUCUCGUUUCGGGGAUAUUUCAGUAAAAGUAAAAAUACCUUUAGCUCGUCUCUGCUCGGACUGUGGUUCCAUCGUUUCUAGCUCUGUGUUGAUAUCCGUUGUGCUGUUUUAAGUCAGUAAAUCAAGCGAGUAGGGAGAUGUCAGAGUCUGGCCACAGUCAGCCCGGGAUGUACGGGCAGGGACGCAGGAGGAGGAGACGCCGGGGAGACAGAGAUGCGGGACCUCCUGGGCAAAAUCUGUCUGGUCCCAGCCGGGAUCGAGAAUACCAGCCGAGGGAACGAAGGGAUGGGAGCGAGGAUCCACCAGGCCCACUCAUUCAGAAGACCCCCAUCAUUCUUGCAAAACCCCCCGGGGAAAGGGCCAAGCCAUCACAGAAUGCACCUGUCAGUGGAGCUCCAGUCUUGGAGAAGCCCAUCAUGCUAAUGAAAGCAAGGGAUGAUGGAGGGAAGCCAGGGACUCCUCCAGAGGCAGCAGCUCAGCCCUCUGGCCCUGGACCCUCAAAGAUUGAGAGGGAAGGGCAGCGACCUACCCAGCCUGUGUACCAGAUCCAAAACCGAGGAAUGGGUGCUUCUGCAUCGAGCAGCGCUGUAGACCCUAUGGUUGGCCAAGCUAAACUCCUCCCUCCAGAGAAGAUGAAGCACAGCAUUAAACUGGUGGACGAUCAGAUGAACUGGUGUGACAGUGCCAUGGAGUACCUGAGGGACCAGACAGAUAUGUUGGUGGUGGGAGUCAUUGGCCUUCAGGGAACUGGGAAAUCCACAAUCAUGUCACUGUUAUCUGCCAACACCCCUGAGGAAGAUCAAAGAGGUUAUGUAUUCAGAGCCCAGACUCAAGAAAUCAAAGAAAGAGGAGGAAACCAGAGCACAGGGAUUGAUUUCUUCAUCACACAGGAGAGAGUCAUCUUCCUGGAUACACAGCCGAUCCUCAGCCCAUCUAUUCUGGACCACCUCAUCAACAACGACCGGAAGCUGCCUCCAGAGUACAACCUCCCUCAUACGUACAUUGAGAUGCAGUCUCUUCAGAUCGCUGCCUUCCUGUUUACUGUGUGCCAUGUCAUCAUUGUCGUUCAAGACUGGUUCACUGACUUAAACCUCUACAGGUUUCUUCAGACUGCUGAGAUGCUGAAACCUUCCACUCCGUCCGCAAGCCAUGACAGCACUGGCUCUUCAGGAAAUGAUGAUGGAGCAGAGUACUAUCCUCAUAUAGUGUUCCUCCAGAAUAAAGCCAAACGGGAUGAUUUCUGCCCAAGGAAUCUGAAGAACAUGCAUAUGGUGGUGGACAAAUUAAUGGCCCACUCUCAUCUCAAAUACAAAGGUACAUUGUCCAUGCUAGACUCCAAUAUCUUCCCUGGCCUGGGACAGGACUAUCUGUCACCUGAGGUCAACAUGUUCCUACUUCCUGUGCAGGACAAUGACGGCGAGGAUAAUCUGACCAAAGCAGGGUCGGGAACAUACCCGCUCUUCUCCCUGCUGCCGGGGUACAGAGGACACCCUUCCUUCUCCACCAUGGUUUCAAAACUUCGCAGCCAAAUACUGACCAUGCCCCGCUGUCAGCUGUCACACACCAUCCUCACUGAAAAGAACUGGUUCCAUUAUGCAGCUCGUAUCUGGGAUGGGGUGAAAAAGUCCUCAGCACUCUCGGAAUACAGUCGCCUGCUCUGCUAACACCCUGGUUGAACUGCUGUUAUACACAUUACCGGCGCAACCUCUUACGUCCAGUUAUCAGGUCACACGAGGAGAAUUGUGGCCCCGAAAGUGGAGACUGUUGUUUGCAUCCUACAGGAAAGGAGGAGUGAAACGGGAAGCUCGGUCAGUGUUGAAGAGUCGAAGGGUGACACCACCUUCUAUUCACUUUGGAGGGAUUUAAAAUAAAACCUGCAGACUCUUGCCCAUACCCUGUCCCUGUCCUCAGGGUAUUUAAUGUUCAGCGGUGAUGAGAGAUGAAGUUGUCUGCACAUGUCUAAGUAAGAUAUGAUGACAUUUUUAUUUGCAAGUAAUUUGUUGUAACACCAGAUUUGAUGUACUGAUGCACAUGUUUUCAGAGGUGAAAAUGUAGCCCUCUGUAACUUAUUUUGCAUUUUCUUUAACAUCACUGAAAAGAGGAGUGUAAACCACACAGAAAUAAAAGGGAAGUGCUGUGAUUCUUUAAACUGCACAGUGCAUUCACUGCACAGCUUUGUGGUAGUCUUCAUUUCUUGAAAAAGAGCACAAAUGACUCCCUCACUCUGUGCUUAAUCCAGUUUGACAGGUUGACUUUGUAAUGGCACAAACUGAGAAAUUAAACUUAACUGUUGGUGUUCAUUGGACAAACCCAGUUCACAAUGGCAAACGAUUAGAAAACCUGUGUUGGGUACAGAGCAGUUUUUUUUGUAUUAAGUAUUAAGACAUGUCAAAUGUGUCUGUGUUUAGAUUGAGCAUUUUAGAGGAUUGUUGGAACGCCAUUUGGUCAGUUGGGAUUAUAUUAUCUGAAUAUUAAAGUGUCAACAGACUGAAAGAGGUAUAUACUGUACAUAUAUACUGUACGCAGUAUCUUACACAGGUAUAGUCUAGACCUGAUUUGGCACUAUGUGAAGAAAAACUGACUUUACUUGAUGUGAUUAGAGCAUUUAUAAUUUACAUGUUGGAGGUACAAUUAAAGGCAUUUUGACUGCCUUUGGCAGGGACUAAACUCAUGUCAAUCCUUGGUCAUGUGGUCCUGCUCAAAGGCAAGUUUGUGAACUUGUCUCUUAGUUCUAAGGGUUCUGUGCCUCUUUUUAGCAGGUUUAUGUCGCAUUAACUCAACUAAUUACAUUUCUAAAUGUUCCAAGUGGCUCUAA